AUGUGCCACAGGAAGAGCCCCAAGGAAGAGCCCCAAGGAAGAGCCCCAAGGAAGAGCCACAAGGAAGAGCCCCAAGAAAGAGCCCCAAGGAAGAGCCACAAGGAAGAGCCCCAAGGAAAAGCCCCAAGGAAGAGCCCCAAGGAAGAGCCAAGGAAGAGCCCCAAGGAAGAGCCCCAAGGAAGCGCCCCUGGAAGAGCCCCAAGGAAGAGCUCCAAGGAAGAGCCCCAAGGAAGAGCCCCAGGAACUGCCCAGGAACUGCCCCCCUGCCCUGGAACCAUCUUAGGUGGCCUGGAGCAGGAUAGGGACAGCUUCCUUUUUGAGAAGAGCCCCAGGGAGAGCCCCAGGAAGAGCCCCAAGGAGAGCCCCAAAGGAGGAGCCCCAGGAAGAGCCCCAAGUAGAGCCUCCAGGAAGAGCCCCAAGGAAGAGCCUGAGGAAGAGUCCGAGGAGCCCCCGAGUAGUGCCCCCAGGAAGACCCCCCUGCCCUCGGAAACAUCUGAGGUGGCCUGA